AAAGUUUGGAGUCAGAGUUGACAUUCAAAAUGCACACUUCACUCAAGACCACUCUGGGACACCAAACUAACACUUAAACCUGGUAAAUAGUACCAGGAAGAGAAGAGGGUUUGUUGACCCUAUUUGUUGCAUCCAUAUGAUAGUCGUAGUGGUUUUUUUUUUUCCUUUCUUUUUUCCCCCCACGCUUUUAGUUCUUGGCAAUGUUUCCCAGCCCCAGCACGUCCACUCCCUUCUCCGUAAAGGAUAUAUUAAAUCUGGAGCAGAAUCAGGACGUCAUGGUUCCUUCUCUGGACGUUUCCUCUCGCAUGGACUGCUGCAGCGGGCCCACAUCCUCCUCCUGCAUGCUGUCGCGCCUGAACCUGAAGCAGGAGCCUCUCCGGGACGGGGCUCUGUUUGAGGAGGACGUGCACGACUCCAAAGUCGCCAGACGCCACGGCCUCAACUUCGCAUCUACAUUUUACACCAAAGCCCACAUAGAAAUGAACAAUGGGGGGAAAUCCGACGAGGAGAAACGGAGAAAAGAGGAUUUCAGUUCCUUGACGGAGUCUGCGGAGGAGAUGAAGGCCGAUGAUGUGGAGCGGGCCAAGCCGCGGAGACGCAGGAAGCCGCGCGUCCUGUUCUCGCAGGCGCAGGUGUACGAGCUGGAGCGGCGCUUCAAGCAGCAGCGCUACCUGUCCGCCCCGGAGAGAGACCACCUGGCCGGCGCGCUCAAGCUGACCCCCACGCAGGUGAAGAUCUGGUUCCAGAACCGGAGGUACAAGUGCAAGCGGCAGCGGCAGGACCAGAGCCUGGAGAUGGUGUCCCUGCCGCCCAGGAGGGUGUCGGUGCCGGUGCUGGUGCGGGACGGGAAGCCCUGCGUGGCGGCGGACGCGGCCUCCUACACCCCGUCCUACAGCAGCAUGGCCCCCAUCAACCACUACUACAACAACUACCCGGCCUUCAGCGGCUACAACACCAACUAUGCGUGCAGCCAUCACCCCGCCGCGUCCGUGCAGACUGUGCAGGGAUCCCCCAACAACGGGAAUUACAUGAACUUUGGGGUCGGGGACUUGAAUAAUGUGCAGAACACCUUCUCCCCCCCCGGCAGCGGAGUGUCUUCGUUACACGGAAUUAGGACAUGGUAAACCCGAGGCCUGACGCCUGAGAGCUAAAUACAUACUUCUACUAAUCCACUUUGACAGGAUUUUUAAGGCUGCAUGCAGAUUUAAGUUUGCCAAUUGUGGAGUUUAUUUGUGUAUUCUCUGUAUUUAGUUUAGUUUUAGUUUAGUUUAUUUGCACAUACAAAUAUACAACCGUUUUAAAAGUACAGACUAUAAGGAAAUAAUAAAAAAAGAAAUACAAUAUAACAAAAAAUGUGCGGGAGGAACCAAAAAAACCCAUAAGGGCUUGUCGAGUGGUCCUCCUAUAAUGAAACAAACAAUAUCUACAGAAAUAUCUAAAACAUAGGACAACUAAGGAAAAUAAGCUAAAUUACUAGAAAACAAAAACAGGAAUCUAAUGAGGGAGUGCAGAGAAGUAUUAGAAAAGAAUGGUUAAGCUUUGCUAACUUGGGCUAGCAAAAAUGUUGUGAUUUGUUUUUUGAAAUUAUUGAAAUUAUUAUUUGUACUCGAGCAUUGUCUAAUAUGGUGUGGUAAGGUGUUCCAAUAAAGAGGACCUCUGAAUCUAAUUGAAAAGUAAACCUGAAAAGGGUGGGAUGGAGAAUGUUUGCUGUCUUUACUAAAGUAAUCUCGAUAGUUUUUGUUUUUUUUGUUUUAAGCACCAGUUUUUGUCUUAAUAACCAAAGCUUUCAUUUAUUUCAGCAUAUAUGUAAUUUCUGCAAAAUAUUAGUUGUAAUUAAAAAAUACAUUUUGAAUUAAAAC